AUGAAGCGACGCGCGAUGGCACUCGAGGCUACAGACGAAGUCCCUGCGAAUGCCAAGCGGCCCUGUGUAAGUGGACACGAAUGGCAGGAAGCUACAAUGAUGGAGGAGGAUCAGUGGUCCUUAGAAGGCCUCGUCGGGUUGGACGAGGCUUUCGACAAGCUCGCCACAAGAUACCCUCAAAGAGCAGCUGUUGAGGACGAGUUUGGUUGUGCCUGGACGUACUUGGAGCUUCAGCAGGCAUCACUUCGCCUGGCAAACGGGUUCCUGGAAAUGCUGCCCAUGACAGGUGAUGCACCGCCUGUUGUCGCUCUUUUGCUGCGCCGCAGCUGCUUGUGGGUCGCCAGCUGCCUUGCAGCCAGCCGUUUGGGCCCGGUGCUGGCUCUUAGCUGCGAUUUGGGCACCGAGGAAGAGGUGCUUCGCAGCAGGGACGCGCUCGCCGAGCACAGGCCGAGGCUGCUGGUCCUCGAGCAUGCCGUACGUGAUGCUGCUGCAACGGCGCCGCUGCUAGAGUCUCACGCAAAUGGCGCAGCCUUGGUUUUCGCUGACACUUUGCACAGCAGACAGGUGGCUGCGUGCUAUGAGAGACCGCAGGCCUGGGGAGCCAGGCACUUGGACGAUGCACUGUGGCUGGUAUACACAGGUGGGACUACAGCAGCCUCGAAGUGUGUGGUGCAGACUCACAGAAUGGCCAUCCACGAGCUUCGGACAUAUCCAGACUUUGGUGUGAUGACCUGCGAGGACCGAAUCUUGCAUCAUACCUCUGCAUUCUGGGGCGCGACUUGUUUGGGUUUGUUUGAUCUGCCCUGGUCUUGCGGUGGCUGCCUAGUGAUUCUUGCGCGCCACGGGCUCGUGGAGGUUGCGCAAGCUAUCGAGCAGCGUCAUAUCACUGUGGCAGGGCUUGUGCCUUCUCUUCUCGAUGCUCUUACCAUGUCGCGCUGCACCUCCUUGCGCACCGUGUUCACCUGGGGAGAAGCGUUGCGGCCAUCGACGGCUGCGGCUUGGCGAAGCCAAGUCAAACUGCUGGACUUGCUAAUCGCGAGUGAGUACUGGCUCGUGCUUUGCGCCGACCACCGGCAGAGUCGGCAGAGCCUUGACGGCUUCCGGCCGGUGCGCGGGGCACGGCUCCAGCUGCUUUCGGCACAGCAAGAGGAUGCCGCCUCGCCGCAUCAUGUUUCACCAGGCGAGGUCGGAGAGCUGUACAUCGCCGGUCCUAUGGUCAGCGCACAAGGCUACACCAAAGCUAUCCUGAACGAAGGCGCCUUUGUGGACCUGCCGUUGGGUGCUGACGGCCAGCUCGUGCGCCACUACAGAACCCGGGAUCUGGCACGCUGGACGAGGGAUGGUGCUCUUGAGUACUGCGGUCGCGCGGAUGGCUUCGCCAAGGUCGGCGGCAAGUGGCUAGAUCUUGCAUCAGUUGAGCGGAAGCUCCAGGCGGCUGGUUGCAAGGAAGCCGCGUUGCUUUGGGACGAGGAGUGCAAGGCACGUCACGCGGCGGUCGUUCUUCGUGAUGGGAAGCUGGAAUGCUCGCUGGCCGCGCAUGUCGCACAGCUCGAGGCACUUCUUCCGCCACAGACAAGCCUGCACUUGCUGCAGAGUUUGCCAAAGAAUGCCGCGACGGGCAAGGUGGCCAGGGCGGCGCUGCUGAAAGACCUGCGUCAAGAGGAGGCCCCCUGCGUUCUGUCUGGCUCGUCACCCUCCUGUUCUAGCAGAAGGCCAAGGCCACCCAAGUCGCCAGUUUCCCGCUCCUUGCUGCUGGGCCUGGUUCUGGCAGCAGGACUCCGACGCCAGGCUGUGUCCGUGCAGGCUGGGAGGCUGCCCCUGGCGCUGGCGCUGGCACCGGGAUUGUCGGAGCUCAUUUGGCAAGGGAAUGGUGAUGAGGCUCUGCCCAAGUUGCAGAACGGUGUGUUGCACCAGGGAGUCAAUGGAGAGCAGGCGAACGGCGAGAAGUUUCUCGAAGCGGAAAGUCAGGGCAGCUGUCGCUCAGGUGCAGUGCGGACACGAAGGAGCCUUGUUCCGCGUGGCGUCGCGGAGCGCCUGACGAACUGGUUGGCUUGGUACAGGUCGAUCACCCUCCUCCUCUCGCCGGAGCAGUUAGAUGCCUUGCCCUUCAUUUGUCUCUUGAUGAUUGACGGGUGUCGGACCGGAUUGGCGGACUUUGUGCGUGUGAUCCAGAUGCCGCUGGGCCUUCUAGGCUGCGGGGCAUUACUGGCUGCUUCCUCGCUGCCUUCAACUUGGCUCCUGGCUGCCGCCGGGAGGCUCUGGGCAAGGAGAGAGCGUGGUGGGAGUGGCUGGUUGUGGGUUUUCUGGCUGGGCUUUCCGAGCUUUGCAGACUCCUGGAGUGGUGCCGUUUGGUCUGCCUGGCCGCGUGGAGCACCUUGCUGCCAGGGUGCAUGGCAGGCAAUGCAAGGUGUUGUCGCGGCUAUUCAGCCAACACAACGCGAUGAGGAUCGUUAUCCUGAACUAUCGCGCUGCAGCCACUGCUGGGACUGGGUUGCUGCUACAUCUUGCACGACAUGGCGACGACGGACAUAUUGCUCCGACUGUACUGCAGGUUGGGAGGCCUAUCAGGCUACCCGCCGCGUGCAGACAGGUGAGGAGGAGCCAGAGCUGACGCCAAGAAGCGAUGCAAGUUAUUGGACGACGCCGAGUGGCACUCCAAGCGGCACGCCGACAACUACGCCUCGCACUGUGGAUGCCACGCAGGAAUCUACACCGGCUGUGGGAGCAGCUGCCACGCAGGCACCCCGGAAGAAAGGUCGAGCAGCUGUGGAUGUGAUCGACUUUGCCGAAUAUGAGGUCAGUCUCGCCAGAAGUCGGAGACCGAAACCUCCUCAAGGUAAGGCCGUCCAGGAAAGCAUGUCGGUGGAGAAUGGCACGAGCUCCAGCUCCAGGGUGGCUCAGGUGCUGGAGAGGGCCACCGGCCUUCAGGGAAGCCACCUUUCAGGUCUGGAGUCCCUGAAAGUCAUCAUUCUGGUCAGUGCGCUCAGAAGGGAGCUUGGCGUGAACCUUGCCGCAGGAGAGGUGUUGCAGUGCGACACGCUGGAGGAUUUGGAGGCUUUGGUCGAGGCAUCUGAUGCGAGGCCUGACGCACAUCAUGAGUCUGGUGCAGGUGCUUACCCAAUCUAUGCCAUUCCUCGUUUCUGGAAGGCACCUGUUGGUUGGUUGAUUCAGCUUGACGACAUCCCAGAUCAAAAGGCGAUGCGUGUCGCAUGCCGUGCGCUGGUGCAGCGCCAUGUCAGCUUGCGUGCCGCUCCCUACCGCCUCGCUGGUGAUGAAAUCACAGCAAGCAUGUGCCUUGGCGCUGCUUCGGUGUUGGUGGUGCUGCGAGCCCUUCUCGGUGUGCCCGAGGUGGGCCGUGGGCCGUCACUGAGCACCGGGGCCGGAAAAGGCCUGUUAGCAGCAUGGCCGAGAGUGGCUACGUCUCCGGCUUCUGGGGGCCCUCCACUCUGCCAAGCUGGUGGGAUGGAAGAGACUGCGAACUUUGAGUGGCUUUGCUUCGAGACGGAAGCAGACCUGCACCAUGCAGCUUGGCUGAAGGCGCGGUCCAGAGGGUUCAAGCCACCUGCAUCUAUUUCCGUCCUUCUGUUGAAGAGCGUGUCGAGCGUUGGCAAGGACCUUGCGUAUUUGCACGUGGCGGUCAAUCAUGCAGUGACAGAUGCAGCUAGCAUCGUCCCACUGGUUGCGGACUUGCUGGCACUGCACGAUGCAGCACGUGAGAGCAACGGCGACGGCGGUGAUUUGGAGGCUUCGGCCAGGGCCGCCUUGGCUCGGUCUGCGCUGCCGCCAGCACCCGACGGCCUCCAGAUCGCACAGGCCCGCUUGAGCACCGCACUGCUGCCAGAGCUCAUUGAAGGCUUGGACGACCGUUUGGAUCUGGCCCACAAUGGUUGCCCGCCCAGAAAGCGAGGAUACGAUCACUAUGUGAAGCUUUUGCCAAAUGCUGGUCGGAUCUUGGAGGCGGCCGCCGGAGUGACCGGAAUUCCCACUGAUCACCUUCUGGUGGCAGCUCUUGCCUCUGCCCUCAGCUCGGCGGCGAACCUUGCUCAGGUGAAGCUCAGCUUGAUUGUUCCGAUGCGUGAUGGUCCAGGUCACGGUCAGGCAGUUGCCAACCUUGCCUCCACUCGACAUCUGAGCGUGCGGAUUCGCGGCAGAUCCCUCAUCGACAUCGCAUUGGACCUGUCAAUGCGCUUCAGACGGAGAGACUGGCAGAUCAGCCAGCUGCUAGAUGAUGAUGGUGACAGGCUCUUCAUCAAUCUACGCAGUAUUCCGGUCUUCGAUGGUGCCUCUCCAGUCAUUGAGCCUCAGGACACAACUCGCAGCCCUACGCGCUUCGUGAGGAACAUCGUGGAGAUGUUUGCAGACCAGGAGACACUUUACUCCUGGACUCUAUGGCUCGGCCUGCGCGAAGACGUUUGUGGCGAGGCUUUCAGCCGAGCCCUGAGGAGAGCGUUGUGGGGUUUUGCGACGAGUCCUCUGAGAGCUCUGGAAGCGACAUGA